UCACAGGAGUGACAGAGAAGGAGGGAAAAACGGAGCGACAUUUCUGUUGCCGUGUGAGAGGAAAAAGUGAAAGACAGAAGGAGUGUGGGAUGAUAGGAGAGGGUCCUCGGCAGCAGCGCGGCUUGUAAAGAGGAAACUCUGCAUUGUGGGUGACAAGCAUUUUUUCUGUCAGCUUGAAGUCACUUCCUGUCUGUUGCCAUCGGUAACAGCACCUCCACCAGUUGCCAUGGGUGAAAUGGAUCAGCUGCGCAAAGAGGCCGAUAGCCUCAAGGAGCAGAUUACCGCCGCUCGCAAGUCUGUCCACGAUUCCACCCUGGGGGAGGUGGUGGCAUCAACGUCUGUGGUCGGCCGUGUCCAAAUGAAGACCAGGAAGACUCUGAGGGGUCACCUGGCCAAGAUCUAUGCCGUGCACUGGUCCACUGACUCCAAGCUGUGCGUCAGCGCGUCGCAGGAUGGCAAACUCAUCGUGUGGGAUAGCUACUCCACAAACAAGGUGCACGCCAUCCCUCUCAAGUCAUCAUGGGUGAUGACAUGUGCUUAUGCUCCUUCUGGAAACAUGGUGGCAUGCGGCGGCCUGGACAACAUGUGUUCCAUCUACAACCUUAAGGGCAAAGACGGCAACGUCAAGGUCAUGCGUGAGCUGGCCGCACACAACGGAUACCUGUCUUGCUGCCGAUUCCUGAAUGACAGUGAGAUCAUAACUAGCUCUGGUGACUGCACCUGCGUGCUAUGGGACAUCGAGACAGGCACUCAGAAAACCAUUUUCAGCGGCCACAUGGGCGACUGCAUGUCCCUGGCUGUGUCACCAGACUUCAACCUGUUCAUCUCUGGGGCAUGCGAUUACACGGCCAAGCUGUGGGACAUCCGGGAAGGUGCCUGCAGACAGACCUUCUCAGGACAUGAGAGUGACAUCAAUGCCAUCGGGUUUUUCCCGAAUGGAGAUGCUGUACUGACAGGCUCCGAUGAUGCCACCUGCAAGAUGUACGACCUACGGGCCGACCAGGAGCUCAUCACCUACCAGGAUCCCAGCAUCAUGUGUGGUGUCACCUCAAUAUCACCCUCCCUGUCCGGACGCCUCAUCCUGGCCGGCUACGAUGACUUCAACUGCAACAUCUGGGACUCGCUGAAGGCUGAGAGAGUCGGAGUGCUGGCUGGUCAUGACAACAGGGUGAGCUGCAUUGGGGUGACACCUGACGGAAUGGCAGCCUGCACAGGAUCCUGGGACAGCUUCCUGAAGGUCUGGAACUGAAUUGGGCCUCCAGAGAGCAACAGAAAUGUCCUGGAAAGUGUUCUAAGAGGGGGUGAUACAAAUUAAUAAUAAAAGCAGAUGGAUCUAAUGGGUAUAGCCACAUGGAAACAGAGGGGAAAAGGGGGCAUUUCAUCCUUAGUAUCAUUUUGGGAGACUGACCCAGAGGGAGAUAUUUUUCUUUCCUUCACACCUUUUUCUCUCCCUCCUCCCAAUUUACACGUGGGAGAAAUAGAAUCAGACAUAAGUUCCUAAUGCUUCCAGGCAGUAAGUAACAGAACGAUACCUGCAGCAUAGCCUCAGAAACUAGCUAUUGCACAUUAAAACCAUUUAAGGAACAUGAAUAUUAACUUUAAUUUUUCCCAGCUAUUAAUUGUGCAUAUUAUUUUUCAUGCAGUGGAUCUUCAAAUCCAUUUUAAAAAGCAAAUGUGCAACUUCUGCACCUUUAGUCUCACCCUUGGGCACAAAAACAGGGGCAAUGACACAGAACUUCCUCCAGGAAGGCGAUCAGGUUGAAAAUGCUCAGAGCACUACUCUGAAAAACCUGGACCCCCCCCCCAAUUCUGUCUUAGAGAUUUGGCACCAUAUUCUGUAUAGAGCAAAGAAACCCUUUAAAAUAACCCACUUUCUCAUUAAGUCACUAAUUUCAGUACACCCUGUUCUUCAGCUUUCUCAUCCUAGGAUCUUACACCUACCUAAUAUAUAUAAUCUAAUCAGUCUUACUUGCCUUUGUAGUAAUUUAUACACCUUUCUAAUAAAUACAAAAUUCUAAACUGAAUUUUACUGUGUCUGUCAU